AUGGCGUUGGACUUAGUCAGCAUUGCACAGCCCCAUUACAUUCCUGGCUAUACGGGUCACUGCCCCGAAUAUAAAUAUCGUAUUGGGGAUACUUACGGGUCGACGACACACAAGAUCCUCUUAGACCCUAGUGUCAACCACUCCAAGCGUUUGGUGUUAUCGGACAGAACUGCUGAUGAUUUUCAGAUAUAUCGUCCGCCGCAAACUGACGUGGAUGUCGUGAAUGCACGGUUCCGUAAUGGCGACCCGGUGUACAAGCAUCCUAUGAUACCAGGAUAUGAAGGUUUCUUGCCACGCCUGAAUGCUCAUUUCGGACAACGCUACACGGUGUCCGCGACCGAAGCCCUGUCAGAAUUCCAGAGAUCACAGCUAAAUCAACGAGCUGCAAGAAAUCAACUUGAGAGAGUGGUGGAUCUGCAAGCCGGGAAAGGACAACCUUGGGACCUUGUUGACAGAUUUUCGGCAACAGCAGAAUUUAAACUGCCUUUGGUUGUUGUAAGACCUGAAUGUGCUGGAAUAUUGCGAGAUGUGCCAAUGGACGAACCCAAAUUAUCGCCACCUUCUCACUCCAUCAGUCCCUAUUUUAUGGAGGACAGUGACCCAAAUAAAUAUAUUAAGAAAGGUAUGGGAUCUCUAAUAAAA